AUGUUUCUUUGUCUGUCUACUUUUAAAUUUAAAUCACGUUUACUAUUUACCGUCCUGGUAUUGUUGAUUAUUGCACCAUUGAUCGGUCAUUACUAUCUUUCAAAAGAAGAAAAAGAUGGGUUUGAAAAUUCUUAUAACUCACAUUCAAAACUGGAAGUUCAUGGGGACUAUGGUGUUUUUAGAGCUACCGACCUAAAACAUAGAAUAGCUGAACUAGUUAGAAUAAAAAAUUCUGUAAAUAAUGAAUUAAGAAAUAUUGAAGGAAAACGGCAGAAACUUCUUAGUGAACUUGCUUUCAACCAUAAAAAAAUUGAAGAUUCUAAAGCAGAACUUAUACGACAAGAAGCAGAAUUAGAAAAACUAAAAAUGUCUGUGAAACAAGCUCAAGUUGCAGAAAAUGAAGCUAUUAUACAGAAUUCUCCUAACCUUGCUCCACCAACAAUUAUAUUACCGAAAAAUCCUCCUUCAUUUAUACCCUUAUCAGUAAACACACGUUAUACUUGUCGUAAUAUGAAAAAUUGUUUCGAUUAUUCUCGUUGCUCAUUAACAUCAGGAUUCCCAUUUUACUUUUAUCGCCCUGAAGAAUUGCCCGAAUUAGUUUCUACAUCUUUGAAUAAAAUUGUUUUUCAAGUUUUACGUUAUAACCCACAUUUUACAAAUAGUUCAGAUAACGCUUGUGUGUAUGUAGCUUUAAUUGGUGAAACUCAUAAUUCUAUUAACAUAACACAAUUAGAACGUCUUCCUUUUUGGGGCGGUGAUGGUAGAAAUAAUAUAUUAUUUUAUUUAAGUAAAAAUGUUUAUAAUAAACCAAAUUUUGAUCAAAAUAUUGAUAUUGGACGUGCCAUACUUGCUCAGUCUUUUUGGAAUGAAAAAUAUUUUCGUCCUGGCCAUGAUAUAAUGUUGCCUGUUAGUUUUGGACCACCAGGGGGAGAAGUUUGGAUGGAUUCUCCAUACAUGCUACCAGCUAGAAGAAAAUAUUUGUUAUCUUUUGAAGGAUACAAAAAUAUAAACUUUACCAAACACCAACAAAACUUUGUCGAUAUGUUACAAAAGUUUAUAACACAAACAACCGAUGAUCAGUUUUAUAUAAAAACCGAUUGUAAGAAUCAAAGAGUUGAGAGUAAUAUUGCUGAUUGGUGUUUGUGUGGUGAUGAAACUAAACGUAAAGUUUUUAUUUCUCAAUCAACUUUUACAUUGAUUUCAGCACCUAUAGAUAUUGAUAUGAUAUCAACAGCAAUGAUGCAAACCCGUAUUUUUGAAUCACUUAAAUUUGGUGCUAUUCCUGUAUUUUUAGAACAUGACCGAAUUGGAUUACCUUUUGAUGAAGUUAUUGAUUGGUGUAGGGCUGCUAUAUGCAUAGCAGGGGAGAGGAUUCCAGAACUUCAUUGGUUGUUAAGAACUAUACCUGACAAUGAUAUUCUAAUGAUGAGGCGGCAAGGUAGAAUGCUCUACGAAAAAUAUUUCGGGACUAUUCAAUCUAUUUUAGAUACAACUCUUGCUGUUAUACGUAAUAGAAUUGGUAUCCCUCCCAUGCCAGUGAUUGAUACACCUUCACCGAGUAUAUUUAGUGAACAUUUCAAACCGAUUAAAAUGGAUCCAAUCAUACCAGAUGCUGAACCUGAAGAAAGUUUAGGUCCCUUGGAGCAACCUUUUAGCUCUCCUGUUUUUAAAAGAAAUCAUACAAUUAUGAAUAUUCAAGGUUAUGAAUUAUGGAACAGUUGGGGAGAUCCAUUUAAACUUUACCCUCACACACCUUUUGACCCAUUACUCCCAUCAGAUGCAAAAUUCAUUGGUUCUGGUAAAGGUUUUCGACCAAUUAACAAUGGUGCAGGAGGAGCAGGAAAAGAAUUCUGUCAAAGUCUUGGUGGAAACUCACCUCGAGAACAGUUUACCAUUGUUAUACUUACUUACGAACGUGAUCAAGUUCUUAUGAAUUCUCUUAGCAGACUACAUGGUCUGCCUUAUUUAAAUAAAGUACUUGUUGUGUGGAAUUCUCCUAAACCACCUCUUGAAGACUUACGGUGGCCUGAAAUUGGUGUACCUAUACAUGUUAUUCAGGCAGCUAAAAAUAGUCUUAAUAAUAGAUUUCUACCUUAUGAAGCAAUUGAAACUGAAGCUGUCUUGUCAGUUGAUGAUGAUGCUCAUUUAAGGCAUGAUGAAAUUAUGUUUGGUUUCAGGGUUUGGAGAGAACAGCGUGAUAGAGUUGUUGGUUUUCCUGGACGUUUUCAUGCAUUAGAUCUUAAUCAUGGUGGUUGGCUUUAUAACUCAAACUACAGCUGUGAAUUGUCUAUGGUCUUAACAGGUGCUGCAUUUGUACAUAAAUACUAUUUAUAUUUGUAUUCGUACUGGCUACCUCAAGCAAUUCGAGACAAAGUAGACCAAUAUAUGAACUGUGAAGAUAUUGCAAUGAAUUUUUUGGUAUCUCAUGUCACCAACAAACCUCCUGUGAAGGUAACAUCUAGAUGGACUUUUCGCUGUCCAGGAUGUCCUGUUUCACUGUCCGAAGAUGAAACACAUUUUUUAGAACGCCAUAAAUGUAUCAACUUUUUUACAAAGAUAUUUGGUUAUACACCUCUUCUAAAUACACAGUUUCGAGUUGAUUCUAUUCUUUUUAAAACUAGAAUACCACACGACAAACAAAAAUGUUUUAAAUUUAUAUAA